AUGCAGUUUUUUUUUUUUUUCGGUUUGAAUGCAAAGUCGAUAACUUUCACGCUGACAUCCAAUGGUCGGGCAAGUGGAGAGUGUUAUGUGGAGCUCGAUGAUCAGGAAGCUGUUAAAGAAGCUCAAAAACUUGAUCGUAAUGAAAUAAAUGGACGCUACAUUGAAGUAUUCAGCGUUAGUGAUGCGGAGUUAUUAAUGAUGAUACGUCAUGGUGUGAUCAAAAGUAGUGGUGGUGGAGAUGCGGACAGUCGCUAUGCUAGCAACUUCGUUGUCCGUCUUCGGGGUCUCCCAUAUAGUGCAACGAUCGAUGACAUCAAGGAAUUUUUUUCAGGCCUGGAAGUAGCGGAUGCGGUAAUCGACAAAGAACCGGGGGGUCGACCUUCAGGGGAGGCAUUCGUACGGUUGGCAACCAAAGAAUACGCGGAAUUGGCUUUGGAAAGAAGCAAAAACUACAUGGGUUCAAGAUAUGUCGAGGUUUUCCGUAGUUCGGCAGAUGAAAUGGACAAUAGCUAUUACGCUGCACGGGGUAUACCACCACCAACUAGUGGACCAGUCCCACUGCGUGGGAUAAGUCCGACACUUGACUUUCGAUUUCGAGACAGAUAUGCAGAUUAUGGUCGCUACGGUGGACCAAUAAGGCUUUCAAGCCUACAUCCACGUCCAUCGCCAUACGAUCGCCCAUAUUAUGAUAGAGAUCGUUAUUACCGAUAUGGUGCACGGUAUGAUCCAGAAUUUGAUGAAGCGAUGUAUGACCCUACCGUUAAGGUUUUCAUGCGAGGUUUGCCAUACAGCGUCACUACGCUCGAUAUUGAAGAAUUUUUCCGACCUCUGAACUGCGUUGAAAUUAAGCUUGGUUAUAACGAAGAACGUCGUCUUUCGGGUGAUGCGCUGGUGACUUUUUCAACAAUGGCGGAAGCACGAGAAGCACUGUCACGUAACAAAAACAAUAUGGGCACGAGAUACAUCGAAUUAUUUCCGGCAACAAAUAUUCCUCAUCCGAUUAAAACAGUAACAUUCCGCACAGUAAGCGGAGCACCUACCCGUCUAACAGCAGCUCCUCGUCCGUUGUAUAGCUCUUUUGCUGAAGAUGAGGAAGCUGCUUAUGCAAGUGGAGUUGGUGGACAGCAGUACUACAAUGAUCAGUAUGAAGGUCGUCAGUCAAAAUAUGGUCGUGAUUGGGGUGAACCAACACGCACAACUUGGUGA